UUUUAAAUGCAAAACUAAUGCCUGAUAGGAGACACCGGUAAAACUUCAAUCAUGGCGGUUUAUAAGUUUACAACAGCUAAUGGGAGAUGUAGUAUUUUGUUUUCCAGACGCUAGGGAUCCAACGGGACGCCUGGGAAGAAAACUUUGCAGAAAGAUUUUCCCCAAAGUGAAAAGGAAGUUACAGGGUAUACAAGACAAACAUAUUUCGUGGCAUAAAACGCAGUUAGUUACGAGGAGUAGCACCACGUACUCUGAUGCUCAACUCUUAAAAAAUCUCUGCAGGCAAGACUCCAGUAAUCCAGCAAAAUGGAGCCAGGAUCAGGGCAGGUAGGGGACCUGGACGUGCAUCCACACCCACCAAUGAUGCACUGAACUGGGAAACAUCUGCUGAAGUGUCCCCCUUAAUGCAGUGAUGGCCUCAGCCAUGUCUAGUCCUGGACCUGCCUCUGUGGGCUCCCAGGUUCAUGCUGCUGCUGUCAACGGAGAUAGGAGCACCCUCCUCAAACUCAUUACAGCAGAGCCUUCACUGCGGGACCGUGAGGACCAGUUUGGCCGGACUCCUUUGAUGUACUGUGUGCUGGCUGACCGCCUGGAUUGUGCAGAGAUUCUGCUGAAGGCUGGAGCUUCGGUCAACAAGACUGACCACAGCCAGCGCACUGCUCUGCACCUUGCUGCACAGAAGGGGAAUGUGCGCUUCCUGAAGCUGCUACUGUCCAGACGCGCUAACUGGCUGCAGAAAGAUUUAGAAGAGAUGACCCCACUCCACCUGGCCACCCGACACCCCUCCCCUAAAGCCCUCGCUCUGCUCCUCAAACAUAUCGGGCCCGGAGAGGUUGACACACAGGACAAGAACAAGCAAACUGCUCUCCACUGGUCCGCAUUUUAUAACCGCCCAGAACACGUUCGUCUUUUAAUCAAGCACGACUCCAACAUUGGCAUCCCAGACAGCGAGGGAAAGAUUCCUCUACACUGGGCUGCACACAGUCAGGAGCCCAGCGCCACACAAACUGUCCGCUGUAUACUGGAAGCAGCCCCUACUGAGUCCUUGUUGAACUGGCAGGACUAUGAGGGUCGGACACCCCUGCACUUUGCUGUUGCCGAUGGUAACGAGGCAGUGGUGGAGGUGCUGACAUCUUACGAGGGCUGUAAUGUGACGGCUUAUGAUAACCUCUUCAGAACGCCACUGCACUGGGCCGCUCUGUUGGGACAUGCCAGAAUUGUGCACCUGCUGUUGGAGAGAAACACUUCGGGCACAAUUCCCUCUGACAGCCAGGGAGCAACACCUCUACACUAUGGCGCUCAGAGCAACAAUGCUGAGACAGUUGGUGUGUUUCUGUCCCACCCAACAGUAAAGGAUGAACCUGAUUUGGAAGGGCGGACAGCCUUCAUGUGGGCUGCUGGGAAGGGCAGUAAUGAUGUCAUCCGCACCAUGCUCGCCCUCACCCCGAACCUUGACAUCAACAUGGCUGACAAGUACGGAGGCACCGCGCUGCAUGCAGCCUCCCUGUCGGGCCAUGUGAGCACAGUGAAGCUGCUUCUGGAGAGAGGAGCGAUGGUCGACGCGCUGGAUGUGAUGAAACACACGCCGUUGUUUCGUGCCUGUGAGAUGGGGCACAGGGAUGUUAUACUCACACUCAUCAAAGGCUCGGCACAUGUUGACCUGGUGGAUGUGGACGGUCACACUGCUCUACACUGGGCAGCACUGGGAGGGAAUGCUGAGGUCUGCCAGAUACUGAUGGAAAAUGGGAUUAGUCCUAAUGUACAGGAUCAGGCGGGGCGGACUCCGCUGCAGUGUGCUGCUUAUGGAGGCUACAUCACCUGCAUGGCUGUGCUCAUGGAGAACAAUGCUGAUCCAAACAUACAGGACAAAGAGGGGCGGACUGCUCUCCACUGGUCGUGUAACAACGGCUACCUAGAUGCUGUGAAACUGCUGCUGGGCUACAACGCCUUUCCUAAUCACAUGGAGCACACUGAGGAGAGGUACACACCCCUGGAUUAUGCUCUGCUGGGGGGGCACAGUGAGGUGACUCAGUUCAUGCUGGAACACGGUGCUCUGUCCAUAGCUGCCAUCCAGGACAUCGCUGCUGCGUCCAUCCAGGCCGUCUAUAAAGGCUACACCGUUCGCAAGGCCUUCAGGGAGAGAAAGCAACUCCUCAUGAGGCACGAGCAGCUGAGAAAGGAUGCGGCCAAGAAACGAGAGGAGGAGCAACGAAGAAAAGAAGCUGUGCAGAAAAUUGUACCAGCCAGUGCAGAGAAGCAAAAGGUCCCACUGGAGAGAGUGGAGGUGGAGAAGCCUUCUUUGGUCAGCAUUGUAGAAAAUUUAACGAUAAAUGACUCGAUGGUGGAGACAAAGAAAAAAUCCAAAAUGGGGCGCAUUAAGGUUAAAGAAGACAGACACAAAGUCCACAAGAGCAGAUUAUCCAGAAAAAGUAAAGCAGCUGAACAACAUGAGGCUCCUGAUGCUUCGAGCCACCACAGUCAUGUGACUAGUGACACAGUAUCCUGUAGUCUCCAGAACAACCGACUGACAGAGCUCCUCUCUCCUUCUAGUUGCAGCCACACACUCGGUCUCAAACCGAGGCCCCCCUCUGUGCCCAAGGUAAGGGAACGGCCAUCCUCACGCACAAGUACUCCCUCCAAAAACAUCUGCACUGUGGAACAAAGUAGCCCUAUUACAAGUGAGUCCCUGCCUGUAAAGAGGGGAGACACUCACAUGAGUGUGCAGACUGCUGCUGGGAAGACAGAUUCCCACACCUCUUCACCAAAGCACAAAAACCACAAGGAGCAGACAUCAGAGAGAGACCGAACUCACACUCCCUCAUUAAGAUGCAGUUCAUCUUUGGACCAUAAAAGCCUUUCAAGAAAGACCAGCACUCAGGCUGCCACAACCUCCACACACAGGGAACGUGACAAAGAACAGUGCAGGAGGAGAAACGAGGCCGCACGCAUCAUCCAGCGAGCCUGGCGAAGGUUUCAUGAACACAGACGAAGAGCAGCCAAAACCUGUGAGGAGGUGGACCCAAAUGAUUCAAACCACGCCCACAACAGGAAAAUGCUACCAGCAUCCACUAAAUCUGCAGGGAGUAAGAGCUCAGUGCUACAAAGCAUCUAUGGCAACUCAAUGGCCAGACGAGGGCGUCUACUUCGAGGCUGUCAGUCACAACUUCUUCUAGACAUGCCUCUGCGCACCCAGAGCCAGUUGAGUGGUAUAGACUGUGUGCAUCUGACCGACACCUUGAACCAAGCGAAGCAAUACUCCUACCAUCUGAGACCACAUAGUGCUUUACAGGGGACAAGAGGCAGAGGAAAACAUUGAAGUAACACUUAACAGACACCUCCACAUGCAGACUCGCACACAACUCAUGGUCUUCGAUGUUUUCUCAGCUGGCUGGCAGCCAUAGCUCUAUAGAAUUACUAUACACAUUGUUCACUCAAUGUGCCAGGCUUUCUAAAAUUAAGCCAUGUGACAUCAGAGCCAUGACCUCACAGGGUGGGGUUAAGUCUACAGAAAUAGUGUGUGUAAAAGAUAACCUUUCAUCCAUUGUGGAAGGAACACAUACACACUCCAUCUCCCUCAUUCUCCAUCGCUCUCGCACACAUACCGAGAUAACCUUUCCUCCUGUUGUGGAGAAUGAGGCAGUCUAUCAACAGCCAGUCAUACAGAUAGCCCACCUGCAGCCACGGACACACACAGUUAGUCUACACACCAGUCUGGCCUCUUAAGUUCCUUCUAUAUAAACUAUGUCUAAACUAUACCAUUUUUAUUUACUUUAAUGCAUUUGCACAAAAGUUAUUUCGCCUUGUGUUAUUUAAAAAAAUAUAUAUACCUCAUUGUCUGUUGGAUUUCUGUUGUAUUACUGAAAGAAUUAAAAAAAAAAAAAAAAAUCCAACACCACUGUGCUGUAAUUUAUU